AUGUCCAACCAAGCCCUCGUCUUCAAGAAGGUCCCCGAGACCUACCCCAUCCCCGGGGAACACCUCGUCCUCGAGCCCGUCAGCUAUGACGCCAACACCCCAGCCCCCGCCAACGGCGUCGUGCUGCAAUCGCUCUACACAAGCUUCGACCCUUACAUGCGCGGCCGCAUGCGCCCCGCCCACAUCAAGUCCUACGCGCCGGCCUUCACCCUCAAUGCGCCCAUCGAGAGCUCCUCCGUGCUCAAAGUCCUCCGCAGCGCCAACCCGUCCUACAAAGAAGGCGACCUGGUGCUGGGCUUCGUCCCCAUCCAGCAAUACAUCGCGCUGUCCGGCGAGGAGAUCGCGCGCAUCCGCCCCGUCGACAACCCGCUCGGCAUCGAAGACAUCCGCGUCUUCCUCGGCGCCCUCGGCAUGCCCGGCCUAACGGCCUACUCGUCCCUGUACGAGAUCGGCAAGCCCAAGAAGGGCGAGACGCUCUUCGUCUCCGCCGCCAGCGGCGCCGUCGGCCAGCUCGUCGGCCAGCUCGCCAAGCACGAGGGCCUGACCGUCAUCGGCAGCGUCGGCUCCGACGAGAAGCUCGACUACAUCACGAAGGAGCUGGGCUUCGACGGCGGCUUCAACUACAAGAAGGAGAAGCCCGCCGACGCGCUGGCCCGUCUGGCGCCCGAGGGGAUCGACAUCUACUAUGAGAAUGUCGGCGGCGAGCACAUGGCCGCUGCGCUGGAUGCGCUGCGCGAUUUCGGCCGCGUGGUGCUUUGCGGUAUGAUUUCGCAGUAUAACUCGGCGCCUUAUCCGAUUACGAACAUUGCGAAUGUGCUCACUAAGAAGUUGACGAUGCGCGGCUUUAUUGUCAGUGAUGAGGGGAUGGGGCCUAAGUAUGCGGAGGAGCAUCAGAAGAAUGUGCAGAAGUGGAUUGCGGAUGGAUCUUUCAAGUCGCUUAUCCAUGAGACGGAGGGCAUUGAGAAUGCUGCUGAGGGCUUGGUGGGCAUUUUCCAUGGAAAGAACCUGGGGAAGGCUGUGUUGAAGUUUUAA